CGAACUGUUUUUUCUCUGUUUCUUUUCCUCUCCCUACCCUCUAAGCAACCUUUCCUUUACAGAUUUUGUUGAAUAGAUAGACACACUCAUUAGGGCUUUUCUUGCUUUUUUAGUUUUUGCUUUGCCACUUACUUCAUUGCCCUCUUAGGCAAAAGUUAGGAUAUUUUCCACUUUUACUCUUGUCCCUUUUCAUUAAUCUGUUUUUUGAUUUCUGGGUUUCUCUUAUUUCUUCUUUUUUAAUUAGAGAUGAAGUCCCCGAGAGGUGUCACUUUAAGUGAUAAGAGUUUGAUAUUGUAAAAUCAUGAUUACUGCAUUGUUAUUAAUAAUACUUUUCAUUUUCCCAAUUUUUAUUUUAAAAAAAAUGAGAGAGGGAGGUAAGUUUAGAGCUAUGUAGCACUGACAUUUUAAAUUGAAGGUUGCUGUUUGACACUUGUCAGUGUCUUAGAUUGAGUUUAUUGGUAUCCGACACAUGUUGCUGGUGUCUGUUUCUAACACCAAUGCAUAUGGUUCAUCAAAGACUAUGGAUGAUGCUCUGAUGGUAAUAGAUGACUAUGAUCAGCUGGAGAUCAUGCCUGAUACUCUUUCAUUUGCUAGAAGUUAUCAGCUUGAAGCUUUGGAUAAAGCAAUUCGUGAAAAUACCAUAGUGUAUAUGGAAACCGGGUCUGGCAAGACCUUGAUCGCCGUUAUGCUUCUUCGAAGCUAUGCUUAUCACCUCCGAAAGCCGUUUCCUUACAUUGCUGUUUUUUUGGUUCCUAAAGUUGUAUUGGUUUCUCAACAAGCUGAAGCCUUGAAAAAUCACACUGAUCUCAAAGUUGGAAUGUAUUGGGGAGACAUGGGAGUAGACUAUUGGGAUGAAGCUACAUGGAAAGUAGAAAUGGAGAAACAUGAGGUGCUUGUCAUGACCCCUGCAAUAUUGCUCUCUUGCUUGAGGCAUAGCUUUAUCAAACUGAAUAUGAUAAAGGUUUUAAUAAUGGAUGAAUGUCAUCAUGCUGGGGGUAGACACCCUUAUGCUUGUAUCAUGACUGAGUUUUACCAUCACCAGUUAAGAUCUGGUGUCUCUGAGCUUCCUCGAAUUUUUGGGAUGACUGCAUCCCCAAUUAAGAAAGCUGGAAAUUCUGAAGAGACCUUGUCAAAAAAUAUUCGUGAACUCAUGACUCUAAUGCAUUCGAAGGUUUAUACCUGUCUUAGUGAAGCUGUCAUCUCACAGUUUGUACCAAGCUCAACCCUAAAAUUCCGUUAUUACAAGGAGAAAGCAAUUUCAUAUAGGCUAUUCUCAGAAUUAGCCAAUAAACUCAACAUAUUAAAACAACAGCAUGAGCUUUAUGUGACAAGCUCAGAUUUCACAAAAUCAGCUGCUGACUCCGCAAUCAGGAAAAUAUCUAAGAUUUUUGCUAGCUCAAUGUUUUGCUUGGAUGAGCUUGGUAUUUGGUUGGCUUUGAAGGCUGCAGAGAGCUUAUCUUUGAUUGAAGUUGAAACUUUCUUAUGGGGUAACUCUGGGGAUCAAAUUGUAAAAAAAUUUAGUUCGGCUACUAUACUAUCACUGAAAAGUUACAUACCAUCUGAUCCUCAGUGGACUAUUGGUGACAAUAUGAAUUCCGAUUUGGAUAGGGGGCUAUUGACCUCCAAAGUGUUCUGUCUUAUUGAAUGUCUUCUUGAGUACAGUUACAGGGAUUUUACUGAAAUGAGAUGCAUAGUUUUUGUGGAAAGGGUCAUUACAGCUAUUGUCCUUGAGACUCUAUUGAACACUUUGCUUCCAAAAUACAAUAGCUGGAGGGCUAAAUUCAUUGCAGGAAACAGCAGUCAAUUGCAAAACCAAUCCAGGAAAAUCCAAAAUGAAAUUGUGGAAGAAUUUCGUUUGGGAUUGGUCAACAUCAUUAUUGCAACAUCAAUUCUUGAAGAGGGUUUAGAUGUUCAAAGUUGCAAUUUGGUUAUUAGAUUUGACCCAUCUCCCACAGUGUGCAGUUUCAUUCAGUCUCGUGGCCGUGCCAGGAUGCAAAAUUCAGAUUACAUAUUGAUGGUUAAGAGCGGGGAUUCAGUUACGCGUUCUCGACUAGAAAAAUACCUUGCUGGUGUGGAAAUCAUGAGGAAGGAGUCCUUGCGUCAGUCUUCCCUUCCAUGUGAACGUCUUGAAAGUGACCGAUUUCAUGAGGAAGUUUAUCGUGUUGCAAGCACGGAAGCUGUUGUCAAUCUUAGCUCUAGUAUUACUUUGGUGCACUUAUAUUGCUCACGACUCCCUGCAGAUGGGUACUUUAAACCAACUCCAAGGUGGGACAAAGAGACUGGAACAUUGUAUCUUCCUAAGAGCUGUCCUAUACAUGCUAUUCGUGUACAAGGUGACACCAAGUUCUUAAAAAAUAUUGCAUGCCUUGAAGCAUGCAAACAACUUCAUAAGAUUGGAGCUUUGACAGAUAAUCUUGUCCCUUCUAUUGUCGUUGAAGAAGCAGAGGUCGAUGAAUUUGGGAAUGAACCCUAUGAUGAGGAGCAACCGAGUUAUGUACCAUUUGAACUGGUAAAUCGCGUGUUAAACAAUAGUAACACAACCUACUAUUGUUAUUUAAUAGAGCUAAAACAAAAUUUUAGCUAUGAUUUUACCGUGCAAGACAUUUUUCUUGCAACUAGAGUCGAGCUCGACCCAGAAAUCGCAUGCAUGCAAUUUGAUAUGUGUUUUGACAGAGGGAGCUUGGAUGUAAACUUGAAAUACAAAGGAUCCAUUAAUCUCUCGCCGGAUCAGGUUCUUUUGUGUAAAAGGUUCCAGGUUAAUGUCCUUGGAAUUCUUAUGGAUCAUAAAACAGAUAAGGGAACUGUUUUUGACGAAUGCUGUUUGGAAGAUAAUCUUGAGGUUGAUUAUCUUCUGCUGCCAUCUAUUGCUAUAGAGGAAAGAACAGAUGUUGAUUGGUUAACUAUUAAUUCGAUACAUCCAUCUAAAAUGGAGUGUCUGCAUCAUGAAGCCAACAUACGGACUGAAAAGGGUUUCAUUUGUGCUUGCAUAUUGAAAAAUGCCUUGGUCUGUACUCCUCAUAAUGGCCGUACUUACAUCACGACUAAUAUAAUGGAAUUGGAUGGAAACUCGCCUCUAGAAGUAAGGGAUGGUGAAAUUACUACCUACAAGAAUUACUUUGAACAGAAGCAUGGCAUUCAAUUGCGUUUUGACCAUCAACGCCUACUUAAGGCAAGACACAUUUUUCCAGUAAAAAAUUAUUGUCAUGGAUCCAGACAAGUAAAGGAGAGAGAUGUCAACAAAACCUUUGUUGAAUUACCUCCUGAACUAUGUGCUAUUAUCAUGUCACCAAUACCAGUUAGCACGCUUUAUUCAUUUUCUUUUAUUCCAUCGAUCAUGCAUAGACUUGAGUCGUUGCUUGGAGCUUUCAACUUUAAAAAGUUGCAUUUGAAUCAUUGUCCGCAGAAUCAGAUUCAAACAUUCAAGGUCUUGGAAGCAAUGACCACAAAGAGUUGCAAGGAAACCUUUCAUUACGAGUCUCUAGAGACACUUGGAGAUUCUUUUCUAAAAUAUGCUACUAGUCAACAGCUUUUUAAUACGUAUCCAGAUCACCACGAGGGUCUCCUUACUGUGAAGAGGCAGAAGAUCAUUUGUAAUGCUGCCCUCUGUAAGUUAGGUUGCCGCGGUAAACUUCCGGGCUUCAUACGGAACGAGCCUUUUGAUCCUAAGACCUGGACCAUUCCUGGAUCUAGAUCAAAAAGUUCUAAAUUAAAAGAGACGGUUUACAAGGGGACGAAAAUAUAUACUCGCGGAGAUAGAAAUUUGAAGCGUAAAAUUGUUGCUGAUGUUGUUGAAGCACUAAUAGGUGCCUUCCUUACCGCUGGCGGUGAGAAGGCUGCAUUGUUGUUUAUGGAUUGGAUUGGUAUCAAAGUGAAUUUUAAUAUUAUGCCCUAUGAGAGGCAACUCAAUGCUCCCGAGAAUGUAGUUAAUGUCGGCUUUCUAGAAUCCCUAUUGAAGUACUCAUUCAGGAACCCUUCUCUAUUAGUAGAAGCUAUGACACAUGGUUCUUACAUGCUUCCCGAAGUGCCAACAUGCUAUCAACGUCUAGAAUAUUUAGGAGACUCGGUGUUGGAUUAUCUCAUUACUAUGCAUUUGUAUAAAGAAUAUCCUGGCAUGUCACCUGGGCAGUUAACCGACAUGAGGUCAGCCUCUGUAAAUAAUGACUGUUAUGCAAUGUCAGCCAUUAAGGUUCAAUUGCAUAAACAUGUACUCCAUGCCUCUCAGGAGUUACAUAAACAUAUUGUAGCCACACUUGAUAAAUUUGACGAGGUGUCUUCAUCAUCAACUUUUGGAUGGGAAUCCGAGGCAUCAUUCCCCAAGGUACUUGGAGACAUCAUAGAGUCUCUAGCUGGUGCUAUACUGGUUGAUUCAGGAUACAACAAGGAGGUUGUGUGGAAAAGCAUAAGACCCCUUUUGGAACCCCUUGUGACACCUGAUACAUUAAAGGUCCAUCCUGUCAGAGAAUUAACUGAACUGUGCCAGGAAAUGAAUUAUACUAUGGAGAAGACCUUGUCUCGGAACGACGGUGUUACUAGUUGUAGAGUCGAGGUAAUAGCUGAUGGAGUAAUUCAUCAGUCUGAGUACAAAGGUUAUGCUGAUAAGAAAACAGCCAAAAGGCUAGCAUGCAAGGGAGUUUUGAAUUCCUUGCAGUUGAAGGAAUACCAGGACAAGUGAUAUACAUAUCUUGUGUAUAUCUUUUGAAUUGUAAAAAUUAGAGGAUGAGAUUUUUUCAGCUAAGGUAUCAGGUUUUCUUUAAAAAAUAUGAAAGUUUACAAAUUUUUUUAUCAAAACUUUUUAUUAAUUUUUUUUGGACACACAUAAGUGACAAGGGUAUGUUUAGCUCAAAAUACAGAUUUUUUCUCUUGGAAGUAAGAUCUGACAACCAUCCAUGUAAAAUGAAUGAGUUGAGUUUUGGUGAUGCAAAUUUAGAACUCCUAUUUAAUUUUA